UGCUUUCAAAUAUGUUACUUUGGAUGAAAUGGUGAAAGAAGAUUCCGAAAACUAAUUUUGUUAUUUGUUGGCCUAAUUAUGUUUUUAACUAACUGAGUGAAACUGUGAAAUUUCGCACUUAAACUAAUUAAAAACUCCCUUUUCACUCCUGCCCAAAGAGAGUGAAGUUCUCCUAUUUGGCCAGAAGAUGGCAGUAUAUACUCGAUAUUUGCUGGACUGUUUUAGCCAUGAAAGUUACAUUUAUAUAAAUAAAUAAGAUGACUUGCGCGAGUCGUAUCCACUAAAACACCAGUAUAAGAAUGUAUGGUACCUAAUUAAAUGUCAUAAUUAGUUAUCAAAUUUGGAGUUUUUAUCCACACCAUAGUGUAUUUAAAAGAUACAACGGGAGAAAAGAAACUGCAGCAAAGCAAAUAGCUUCGACUGAAUGAAGAUUUAUUUUGCUUUUUAACCCACACGCACGCUCACACGCACUCUGACCCUGUUGUGCGUGCGUCCCGGUGAACUGGGGUGACUGUGAACUGCUAUAGGAGCGCUCCGGAGCGCGCAGCUCUCAGCAGUGCGCCUGUAGUACCGCGCAUGGCCACAGGGGGGUAUGUUGCCCCCCCUUUCUUCGCAGACAGUGUCGGAACUAUGGGAUGGGGGCGAUUACCCACCGCUAGCGGAGGGAGGAGGAGGGCCGAGGCUGCAGCGAGAACCUACAGGGAGGAAGGGGGAGGAGGAGAAGACGGGUUGAUAUAACGAGAAGGACACUUGAUGCGCAGCGCCAAUUCUUUCUCAGUCCAAAGUUUCCGUGCCGUUCGGCCGCAUGUGACUUGUUGUUGUGGGUCCGUCCAGAUCGACUGAAGGACUGUUUCUCCUCCUGCGCGCUGUGGGACUCUGAGCUGAGAACGGACUGAGAGUUUUCCGAUGCAACAGUACAUGUAUGAGAAAGCAAUGGCCCAAGAGACAAGGAACGGUGGAACCUCGACGUUAAACAGCAGCGGUGUUGGGAACAGUAAGAAGAAGUUUCUGGUGGCGCUUGACAUCUUCUGCCUCCUGCUGGCUAGCCUGCCUUUCCUGAUCAUUGAGACUAGCACCAUUAAGCCGUACCAGCGUGGGUUUUACUGUUCGGACGAGUCCAUCCGCUACCCCCAAAAAGAGGGAGACACCAUUAGUGAUGCCGUGCUUUGUGGGGCUGGCAUUCUUAUUGUCAGCUUCUCUAUUAUUAUCGGAGAAUGCUUCAGGAUUCAUCAACUUCACGAGGGAACCAAAUCAUUUGUUGGCAAUCCUUAUGUUGCAGCUCUCUACAAACAGUUAGGUGUGUUUCUCUUUGGCUGUGCCGUGAGCCAGUCAUUCACAGACAUCGCCAAAGUGUCAGUGGGUCGGAUGAGACCGCACUUCUUGGAUGUGUGUAGGCCAGAUUUCUCCACCAUCAACUGUUCGGUUGGAUACAUCACCAACUACACCUGCACUGGUAGAGACAGCGAAGUACAAGAGGCCAGGAAAUCCUUUUUCUCAGGACAUGCGUCUUUUUCCCUGUAUACCAUGCUCUACCUUGCUUUCUAUAUCCAGUCCAGGUUUACAUGGAGAGGGGCUCGACUUCUGCGCCCGCUGCUGCAGUUCACUGUGUUGAUGAUGGCCUUCUACACUGGCUUGUCGCGCGUGUCCGACCACAAGCACCACCCCACGGAUGUGCUGGCUGGCUUCGUGCAGGGAGCUCUGGUGGCCUACGGCAUAGUUUAUUACGUGUCAGACCUCUUCAAGCCCAGGGAGAAGGUGGUGACGCCCCCGCCCUCCCCCAUCAAGAAGGAGCUGCUCCCUUCAUCCGACAUCAUCGAGAGGAACAACCACCACAACAUGGUGUAAGGGAAGGCCACGCCCUUCCUGUGUCUGAGGAGCCAAUCACGGAGCUGCUCACCUCCCAUCGGACAGUAGAAUGUAGCAACAAGAGACUAGCUGCUUUUUAAACGUCACCCCCCCCUCCCUCUGCACUGCCCAAGGAGGCAGACGGGGGUGUCAGAUUUAAGAGAUGAACAGCAAAAUUCCAACCUGACUAUCCAGGAUUGAUUUGUACUAUUCUAAACCUGUGAGCCUUUCAUCAUCUGCCCUUCUAAGCACAAAAAGAAUCAAAAAGUGACGAAUCGACGGGCAUAGCUGGGGGGGCCUGAUGGAAGGAUAAACCACACAGAGGGAAAACACUAAC